GGGGUGGCCAGUCUUCUUCUGGCUGUGCCGGGUGGAGAUUAUAACAGAACAUGGCCAAGAUGUUCAAAUGUUAAAUGACCAGCAUGGUCGAAUAAUAAUAAGGCAGAACAGUUGAAACUGCACAUGAGGGUAACUGUAGCAAUCUGUUGUCUCUGGGAUACAAUUAUGGAAUGGCGAGCUUCAACAUUCAAGACUGUGACCAGAACACCAGUCCAAAUCUGUCUGAGUGUGGAUAGGCAUGUACCGAGACAGCAGCAGAGGCCGCGUACCCAGAUGACCCACCAGCAGGUUGCCCAACUCCGUCUGCUACAGGGAGCAACCCAGCCCCCUGCGGUGUGAGGGCCUGGCAUGCAGGGUAGUGCAGGUGUGGUUUCAGAAUAACUGGGCCAAAGAGAAGAGGGCCAGGAGCCUUAGAGUCGACCCAACCACAGGAUAUAGAGAGACUGCAGAGGACAGGGGAGAGAACACACAGCCAUGAACCAAGUGCACGUCAGCCACAAUAAUGAACCAACCACAGACACAGCCAUGAACCAACCACAUGCCCAAGAAGCCAAAGAGCAUUCUACCAGUGUAUCUCAUCCCCUCCUCAGCCCAAAAACAUCACAGGGCAUACCUCCUAGAGCUUUAAGACACAACUCCUCUGUUCCUCCCUCUCUCCUCUCCUGUCCUUUCUUCCAACUGAUACCUCAGGAGUUAACCCCUCCAUGCCAACAGAUGUCCCUGUCGAGACCAUAUCAUCUGGAGAAUCAGGAAAUGCAAUAGACCAUGCCUGUAUCGGGUGGUGAGGACCCCAUGUCCCAGGUUCGUCAGAUGCUGAGAGAGUUGCUUGUGGGGAGAGAGAACGCGGAGGGCUUCUUCUGUCUGUGUGUGUCUGUACUGGGACACAACGAUACACGGACACAUUUCUUGCCGCUCAUCCAGCUCCUAGCCACCGAUCACAACAGGCUUCACACCACCCUCACCUCCAUCUAUUUGGAAUACUUCUCCAAGGAUGAGGAUGAUGAGUUGGCAGUGGCUCUGGCUCUGUCCCUAUUAGAGGCCAAAGGGCAACAGCAGACCAAUACCAAGCCCCUCUUCCCAGACCCUAAACUCCAGGGUCAAACAGACACCCAGGCUACGGCAACUUACAGACCCCAGAAUAGCUCCAUUCAGAGUCAGUCAGUUUCUCCUAAUGGUAGCUCCAGCCAGCCUCCGCCAGCCCCUCUGCCCAUGGGUGCGAGCUACGCCCAGCUAGCAGCAGUAGGAGGAAGGAGACAGACUCAGGCUCAACACCAAGACUCCACAUCACCCAGAAGAUCAUCUGGACAUGGCAGCUCUCCUCAGACAGAGAGACAGAGAGGCCCAACCCAGACCCAGAAACAGACAGAUAUAAAGUGGUCUAACGUCACUCAGGAUGUGUGUGCCUCUAUUGCCACUUUGACAUCCAAUCUCAACCAAACCAAAGAUGACGUCACUGUGGUGGAGUGCAAAGUGGACCAAUCUGAGAAGCCAAAGCGCUCAAAGAACAGACGUCAGCGGAGGAAGGGGUAUGGCCAGCAGGUGGUAGGUGUGCCUCGAUGCCCCUCUGCUCCACCCCCUGUGCUGCUGUGGUUCCGCAGGGACCUGCGUCUCUAUGACAACCCAGCUGUGAUUGGCUCGUUGGAGGCUGGAGGGCCGGUCAUCCCCGUCUUUAUCUGGUGCCCAGAGGAGGAGGAGGGUCCUGGGGUAACCGUGGCUAUGGGAGGGGCCUGUAAAUUCUGGCUGCACCAGGCCCUGUCCUGUCUCAGCUCUGCUCUGGAACACAUCGGCAGCCAUCUUGUUUUCCUUCAGGCGGAUGAGGAGAGAGAGGGGAUUGGUUCUUCGCUGCUCGCCCUGAGGAGUCUGGUGAGAGAGACGGGGGCUCAGACGGUGCUGGCUAGCGCCCUCUAUGAGCCGUGGCUGAGAGAGCGGGACCAGGUAGUGGUGUCAGCGCUGCAGAAAGACAGGGUGGAGGUUAACAUGGUCCACUCCUACUGUCUCAGAGACCCUUAUACUGUUACUACUGAGGGGGUGGGACUCAGAGGUAUUGGUUCUGUAUCCCACUUCAUGAGUUGCUGUCAGAUGAACCCUGGCCCAGGGUUAGGGGUUCCCCUGGACCCCCCCAUAUCGCUCCCCUCACCCUCUGUCUGGCCCAGAGGCUGCCCUCUGGAGGGGCUAGGACUGGCACGAAUGCCCUGCAGAAAGGAUGGAACCACGAUUGACUGGGCGGCUAACAUCAGGAGUUCAUGGGACUUUAGUGAGGAGGGGGCUCAGUCACGUCUAGAGGCCUUUCUAAAUGAUGGUGUGUACAGAUAUGAGAAGGAAUCAGGGCGUGCGGAUGCCCCCAACACCAGCUGUCUGUCUCCUUACCUGCACUUUGGCCAGCUGAGUGCUCGCUGGCUGCUGUGGGACACUAAAGGGGCGCGCUGCCGAUCCCCCAAGUUUAUACGAAAACUGGCCUGGAGGGACCUGGCCUACUGGCAGCUAACAUUGUUCCCAGACCUGCCCUGGGAAUCACUCAGACCACCAUACAAGGCCCUUCGGUGGAGCAAUGAGAGGGGUCAUCUGAAGGCAUGGCAGAAGGGCAGGACAGGUUAUCCUCUAGUAGACGCUGCAAUGAGACAGCUGUGGCUGACUGGAUGGAUGAACAACUAUAUGAGACACGUAGUGGCUUCUUUCCUCAUAGCUUACCUCCAUCUACCAUGGCAGGAGGGAUAUCGCUGGUUCCAGGACACCCUUGUGGAUGCUGACGUGGCCAUAGAUGCCAUGAUGUGGCAGAAUGGAGGCAUGUGUGGUCUGGACCACUGGAACUUUGUCAUGCACCCUGUUGACGCAGCCAUGACCUGUGACCCUUAUGGAAGCUAUGUCAGGAAGUGGUGCUCUGAGCUGGCGGUGCUGCCUGAUGACCUCAUACACAAACCCUGGAAGUGCCCAGCCUCCAUGCUGCGCCGUGCCGGUGUAGUCCUAGGCCAGUCCUACCCAGAGCGUGUGGUGACAGAUCUGGAGGAGAGGAGGAGCCAGUCUUUGCAGGACGUGGCAUUGGUGAGGCGGCGUUUUGGGGAGUACGUGGACCCCUGCUCGGGGUGCGACCUGGUCCCCCUGCCCCCCCGUCUGGUCUCGGAGGCCAUGGGUGGAGGUAUGGUCAACACAGGUGGGCAGUUCCUCCUGCCUGUUAUCACCCGUAUGGAGUUCAAGCACCAAUCAGAUGAUCCAGACGCGGACGCUGCCUCUAACCCCUAUAACGCCGUUCUGAAGGGCUACGUGAGCCGCAGGCGGAAUGAGACCAUCGCCUUCCUGAACCAGACAGACUUCACAGCCAGCGUGAUAAACGAGGGAGCAGAGAGGAGGGAAAGACAGGAGCAAGACCAGAGGAGGAUGGAGGGACUUCCACGCCCCCUUGCAGUUGAACAAAGGGGAAAGAGGACCCCCGCUGCCAAGGACAGGUUCUCCACAGUGCCUGGGAGAGUGGCUACUUCUCACAGAUGACCAUAAGGGCAGGGGCUAAAGGUUCGAUAGAGCCACUGUGGUGCCCAAUGGCCUUUCCUCAAUUGAUUUGCUUAACUUCUGCGUCCUUCCUCACCUACUUUUGAAAAUGGUCAAAGGUAAAUCAAGGAGACGCGGGGAAGUGAGGAAACGUGGACUAAAAUGUGCUUGUAUCAAUUGUCUCUCCUUCAUUUACGUGUCAUCAGGCAAAUUGUUUACAGUGGAUCACAAAAAAUAAAUGUGCAAAGUGAUCAAAAUAAAUUAAGUUAGUUGUGCAAGA